UUCCUUUCAUAUAAAUAGCGGAACAGACAAGGUUAUUCCUGCCAUUACAACAAUCCGGGUUCCACAAUUUGGUAUCUGGUCGCACCACACUCGCCUAAAUUUCCACCAUGUCCUACCCAUCCACAACAUCUCAAUGGAUCUUGGAAUCUUUCACGGGUCCUCCAGGCCUAAGGCUCCAGCACGAUAUUCCACUACCGGCACUUGGUCCGAAUGAUGUUGUUUUGAAAGUCCGCGCAGCAUCUCUCAACUCGAGAGACAACCAAAUUACCCUUAACAAAUACGUCUCAGAGCCAGUUUUACCAGUCGUACCAUUAAGCGAUUGUGCUGGGACGAUCAUAGCCACAGGCAAAUCCGUCAAGCGUUUCCAAGUAGGCUCUCGAUGUGCGGCCACCUUCCACAGGAAAUGGCUAUUCGGUCGUCUCACCUCACCCUCUCAAACUUCCAAAUUGGGCUCGGAUGAAGAUGGCGUCCUCCGCCGAUAUAUUAUCCUCAACGAAGAAGACCUCGUCGAGAUUCCGUCAAGUCUGAGUUUUGCUGAAGCUAGUACGUUGCCUUGUGCAGCAUUAACGGCAUGGAAUGCACUAUUUUGCGGGAGCAGGCCUUGCAAGCCGGGUGAUGCGGUACUUGUGCAAGGAAGUGGAGGCGUCAGUCUUUUUGCGUGCCAGUUUGCGCGAGCUGUGGGCGCAACGAUUAUUGCCACGACUGGAGAGCUAGGUGGUGAGCGGGAAGAGAAAUUGAAAGCACUGGGUGCUUCGAAAGUUUUGAGUUACCGUGAUAAAGAUUGGGGAUCCCAAGUGAGGGCUGCGACUGGCGGUCGAGGUGUCGAUUUCAUUAUUGAGGUUUCAGGAUCAGGCGAUCAAGAUGCUAAAGCCAUUGCGUUGAACGGUCAAAUCGCAGUCAUUGGAGGUCUCGGGGGAGGCGGUUCUGCCAUCUUUGAUAUGAGAGUUACUAUGGCUGAGCUGAGACGCAUUUUCACGGGUAGCCGGGAACAGUUUGAAGAUAUGAAUAGGGCCAUUGAAGUGAAUAAGAUUGGCCCCAUUGUGGAUUCCAAAGUCUGGCGAUUCGAAGACGCGCGAGAGGCAUUCGAUCACGCAGCAUCUGGAAAGAUGUGGGGAGAGGUUGUCAUCAACAUGGCUGAUGACUGAGUAUGAUUAAUGGAUGAAGUUUUCUUUAUCUCGCAGAAGUGAGUCACAUGUCUCGGUCAAGUCGUGUGAACUUACAGCUCUGAAAUCACUUGCGAAGAACGAGGAGCUUCUAUCCCACUCUUUUCCGGGAGACUCGACCUUUUAAAACUCAAUAAAUUAUUACUAUCUUCACAAACAAUACAGCAAAACAUACAGGCAGCAAUCCUUGAAGGGAUAUCUUCAACUUAACGAUCCGUUUGUACUGGGUAUCCGAGAAACAAAUAUACUAAUUCCGGCACAGGCUACAUGGCAAUCCCAAGGCCAAUGUCCUGAGACUCCUCGACCUCUAUAGGGCUACCGUAGCUCUCGUUUCUGUCGACCUGCCUCU